AUGAGUGAAAACGGUAUUCAAAAUGGUGUAGCACACCUCAACAUCUACGACAAUAAAGAAUCAACAAACUCUUCAGCAGUAAGCUUGAAGCACGACGACUACAUUGACAACCCCUUUAGCGGUAAAAAAGACCAGUUUGACCAAGUGUUGGACGUCCUCGACUCAACCGGCUUUAUCCCUGAAUCCCUCUUGGAAUCCGAAGCCAAAUGGUUUUACGAAUCAUUACAAAUUGACGAUGUGUUCUUUGCAAGACUGACACCAGAAGAAAUUGCUGGCCACAUACACGCAUUGUACUCGUGUAAAGUACAGGCUUUUGCAAACUCUGGCGAACAACCAUUGAUCUCUUACAAAAGAGAAGCUGAGGACCACGCAGUAUUCUUUGACACCGUUGACGCCCAAGACUACCAAAGAAACCCCUUUGAAGAAAGAAUCGAUGACAAGUACAUUGACCCAUCAGAUGCCAAAUCAACCGCAAAAAGCUACCGUACAGAAUUCUUUUGUGCUCCACUAAACUACAAAACAGACCCCAUACUCAAUGGCGUCUACUCACAAAACAAAAACCUUGGUGAACAAUAUGUCCGCUUGUACUUUGUCUACAAAAACGAAUACAAUUUGGAACAAGUCUCUGCCAAUGAAACAGAUAUCAACAAGAUUGGCGACAAGACAUUUUUGAAAAUUGCUUCUCCACAUACCAAAUCCAUUUACAAUAGUAUACAAAAGGAAGUACUCAAGUCUACUGGUCCUAUUAUCAAACAUUUCCCAAUUGAAAAUAGCGAAGAGUACAGAGUCAUUAUUGGUUUUAGACAAAAGACAGCACCCAGAUACAACUCGGCAUUGAGCGAUUUGGCCAAUUACUACAAACUACAAACAACAAGAAAAUACGUUGAACAGUUUGCCAAUGGCGUUACAAUCAUCUCAAUGUAUGUGACUUCAAAACUGAGAAAGUCCUCGGUGGACUUGUCCAUCUACCAAGUUAUUAAGGAGGCAUCCCUCUUGUACUGUAUCCCACACAAUUUCUUCCAUGACAGAUUUAUCCAAGGAGACUUGUCCUUGCAAGAAUCCAUUUACGCACAAUCAGGUGUCAUUUUUGUCACCCACUUUUUGAAUAGAUUGGGACCAGAAUACAGCAAAUUGGCUUCCUUACUAGACCCAUCAAAGUCAGCAGAACACGCUGCAGUUUUAAACAGCUUGAAAAGAAGAUUAAGAUCAGAAACUUAUACUCAAGACUUUAUCAAGGAGGUUUUCAACACCAGAAGUGAGAUUGUUCGUAAAUUGUACCGCCAAUUUGCUGACGUGCACUAUAUCAGAUCAUCUAUGGAAAAGACAUUGUCAUACCAAAGAUUAUCCCAAAUCACCCCUGUUGGCACUGAAGAAGAGUUUGAAAACUUGUUGAGCAGAGAAUGCUCGCAAAAUGAACACCACGCUAUUGUCUUGCGUGCAUUGUACAAGUUCAACAAGUCGAUUUUGAAAACAAACUUUUACACACCUACCAAGGUUGCCUUGUCUUUUAGAUUGGACCCUUCAUUCUUGCCAGAGUCUGAAUACCCUGACCGCCCAUUUGGUAUGUUUUUUGUUGUUGGUUCUGAUUUCAGAGGCUUUCACAUUAGAUUCAGAGACAUUGCACGUGGUGGUAUCAGAAUUGUUAGAUCAAGAUCGCUCGAUGCAUACAAUGUUAAUGCUCGUAACUUGUUUGAUGAAAACUACAACUUGGCAAAUACUCAGCAACGUAAGAACAAGGAUAUUCCAGAAGGUGGUUCAAAAGGUGUUAUUUUGCUCGACUCGGGUGCCGCUCAAGAACGUCCACAAGCAAGCUUUGAAAAAUAUAUUGAUGCACUCAUUGAUUUGCUCUUGAAACAACACAUUCCUGGCGUCAAGGAUAAUUACGUUGACUUGUACAACAAGCCGGAGAUUUUGUUUUUGGGUCCCGAUGAAGGUACUGCUGGAUAUGUUGAUUGGGCCACAUUGCACGCCAGAGAAAGAGGUGCGCCAUGGUGGAAAUCAUUCUUGACCGGUAAAUCACCCGAGAUUGGUGGUAUUCCACACGAUGAAUAUGGUAUGACCACAUUAUCAGUUCGUGCGUAUGUCAAUAAGAUUUAUGAGAAGUUGGACAUUGAUGAUUCAAAGAUUCGUAAGUUCCAAACCGGUGGUCCAGAUGGUGACUUGGGUUCGAAUGAAAUUUUGUUAUCAAGAAAGGAAAAUUAUGUUGGUAUUGUUGAUGGUUCAGGUGUCAUUUGCGAUCCAUUGGGACUCGAUAAGGAGGAAUUGCUCAGAUUGGCUAAGGAAAGAAGGAUGAUUGAACAUUACGAUAGAUCCAAAUUGUCUGAACAAGGUUAUAUUGUUUUGGUUGACGAUAUGGAUGUCACUUUACCAAAUGGCCAAGUAGUCACUAGUGGUGUUGCGUUUAGAAACACAUUCCACUUGAGAUUAAGAGAACAGUAUGGUGUAAAUGGUGUUGACUUGUUUGUACCAUGUGGUGGCAGACCAGCUGCUAUUGACUCACCAAAUGUGCAAGAGUUGAUUGACGAAAAGACUGGCAAAUCCAUUGUUCCAUAUUUCGUUGAAGGUGCCAAUUUGUUUAUUACUCAACCAGCUAAAUUGAUUUUGGAAAAAGCAGGCACCAUUAUUUUCAAAGAUGCUUCAACAAAUAAAGGUGGUGUUACUUCAUCAUCAUUGGAAGUACUUGCUGCCUUGGCAUUUGACGACAAAGGGUUCUUGGAAAAUAUGUGUGUCAACUCGGAAUCAGGCGCUAAACCAGAAUUUUACACUCAUUAUGUUAAGGAUGUACAAAACAAGAUUGUCGCCAAUGCCAAUGCUGAAUUCGAGGCAUUGUGGAAGUUGAAGAAAGAAACUGGCACACCAUUCACAAUUCUCUCGGAUCAGUUGUCACUUGCUAUCAACAAAUUGGGUGAUGAAUUGGCCAACUCUAGGGAGCUUUGGGAUGACGAUAUCGAAUUUAGGAAUGCUGUUUUAUUGGAUGCAUUGCCACCAUUAUUGUUGGAGAAGAUUGGUAUUGAAAAUGUGCUUGCUCGUGUACCUCAAGCUUAUUUGAAGGCAAUCUUUGCUACACAUUUGGCAUCAAGCUUUGUUUACUCGAGAGGAAUCGACUCGAAUCCUGCUAAAUUCUUGGAAUUUAUCAGUAAUAUUAGAAAAGAGUUUAUCAAGAAAGGAUUGUUGAAGUAUUAA